UCUAAGUUUUCAAAAAAAAAAAAAAGUCUUCGUUUUUGCCGCAGCAUAUUUCUGUUACCUUAAAUUUGAGCUAAACGUAUAUUAUUUAUUGAAAUACAUGGCGACUUUGCGCACAAGCACCAGCACUGUAAUCUAUCCGUUCCGACGUAACACUGCUUCAACGGCAAUACCCAACUCUACUGUGGUUUGCUUCGGAAACGGUCGGAAAAGGAAUGAACUGAACGUAUGCAUGGUGUUGCAGCAGAGAAGGAAAAACCUCAAGAGUGAAAAGGAGAUCAUGAUUAACAACAGCGAUGCCAUAAAGAGUUACGAAGCUUUCAAUCACGUCAGCCAAAUCAAACUCUCGAAAUCGGAGGAGAGAUUAGCUAAGAAGAAAUUCGAGAGAACAACUUACUUGGUUGCUGCUAUCUUGUCUAGUUUAGGCAUCUCUUCAAUGGCGAUUAUGGCUGUUUAUUGCAGGUUUUCAUGGCAGAUGGAGGGUGGGGAAUUUCAACUGCUGGAGAUGUUUGGCACAUUUGCUCUCUCUGUUGGUGCUGCAGUGGGGAUGGAGUAUUGGGCAAGGUGGGCUCAUAGAGCUUUAUGGCAUGCUUCAUUGUGGCAGAUGCACGAGUCUCAUCAUAGAGCAAGAGAGGGAGCCUUUGAACUCAAUGACGUGUUUGCAGUAGUUAAUGCACUUCCUGCCAUUGCUUUGCUCUCUUACGGUUUCUUGAAUGGUGGAUUUGUCCCGGGACUUUGUUUUGGCGCGGGAUUAGGAAUCACGGUUUUUGGUAUGGCCUACAUGUUCGUACACGAUGGUCUUGUCCACCGUCGAUUCCCUGUGGGUCCCAUUGCUAAUGUACCUUAUCUGCGGAAAGUAGCUGCCGCCCACCAAAUUCAUCAUGCAGACAAAUUCGAUGGAGUGCCAUAUGGCUUGUUUCUAGGACCUCAGGAAUUAGAGGAAGUUGGAGGGUUGAAGGAACUGGAAAAGAAAGUUCCAUCUGAAGGCAAAGAAAGCGAAUAAAACAUUAAUUAAUGAAUGAAGGCUACCCGGUGUCCAUCGCUUUAUUCAAGGUCCGCUGUAGUCUUCUUAUCCAAAUUCCCCUUAAAUUUGUUUUAUUUAAAUUACAAAUUAUUCUACAUUCCCUUUUUUUACAUAUAUUUUGAUUUAAUUAAAGGGUUUGAAAAAAUUCAUCAGGGGUAUUUAUAGUUUGGUUAAACUCGAAUUAAUUGAUCGAAUCGAUUUAAUUUGAUUAAUCAAUCGGUGGUCAAUUAAUGAUUUUCUGGAAUUUCAGUUAUCGUUAUUCAAUUUCAAGAUUUAUGUAGUA